AUGAGACUGGACGGGACAGGACAUACAGGACGGACAGGACAAGAAAUAACUUCGGUGAUCUCACGAGUUAGAACGCAUGAAGGUCCUCAGCAUGUUAAUGUACCUCGUACAGCUGUCCAAAACAAAGAGAAUCUUGCGUCAGGCCCUAGAAUACAAGAUGAGAAGCUAAAGAGCACAACCGUUAAAAUGGCGGAAGAGAGGAAAGUUCUGAACACACCUGGCCCUGAGAAACAGACUAAAAGAGAACUCUUUGAUGCUCUUCGCCAAGAACUCGAGUUACAACAUUCUUCUCUACUCUACUCUCUCCUCCUACACUGA